AGGAGCUGAGGGGUUUCGUUUUGGCUUCUGAGGCGUAAGCAGGAUCUGUUCACUUGGAAAUCGGACUAGGUGGUGAGAAGAGGAGGAUGCAAUGGUGUUUGUCUGCAGGUGGCUGGCAGCGUACACUGCAUCUUUGCUUACCUGAACUACCAUGUUCCCCGGACAAGACGGGAGAUCCUGGAAACCCUUAUCAAAGGGCUUCAGCGCCUGGAGUACCGAGGUUAUGACUCCGCAGGUGUGGGAAUUGAUGGAGGAAAUGACAAAGACUGGGAGGCCAAUGCCUGCAAAAUCCAACUCAUCAAGCAAAAAGGGAAAGUGAAGGCACUGGAUGAAGAAGUACACAAGCAACAGGACAUGGAUCUGGAUAUUGAAUUUGAUGUACAUCUUGGAAUUGCACAUACCCGAUGGGCCACCCAUGGUGAGCCUAACCCCAUUAAUAGUCACCCACAGCGCUCGGAUAAGAACAACGAGUUCAUCGUUAUCCACAAUGGCAUCAUAACCAACUACAAAGACCUGAGAAAGUUUUUGGAAAGCAAAGGGUAUGAUUUUGAAUCUGAGACUGACACAGAAAGCAUUGCCAAGCUUGUAAAGUACAUGUAUGACAACCGUGAAAGCGAUGACAUCAGCUUCACAACACUGGUGGAGAGAGUGAUCCAGCAACUGGAAGGUGCUUUUGCCCUGGUGUUCAAAAGUGUCCAUUAUCCUGGUCAAGCAGUGGGCACCAGACGAGGAAGCCCCCUGCUGAUUGGAGUGCGAAGUGAACACAAGCUCUCCACCGACCACAUUCCCAUACUGUACAGAACAGCUGUGCAAUCUAUGGAUCAUUCUUUUGAUGGAAUAUCCAUAAAAAAGGAGGAAGGUAAAGACAAGAAGGGAAGCUGCAACCUAUCUCGUAUUGACAGUACCACCUGUCUUUUCCCUGUGGAAGAGAAAGCUGUGGAAUAUUACUUUGCCUCUGAUGCUAGUGCAGUUAUUGAACACACCAACAGAGUGAUUUUCCUUGAAGAUGACGAUGUAGCAGCUGUGGUGGACGGUCGUCUUUCUAUCCAUCGGAUCAAACGCACGGCGGGUGAUCAUCCUGGCCGGGCUGUUCAGACUCUGCAGAUGGAACUUCAGCAGAUCAUGAAGGGUAACUUCAGUUCAUUUAUGCAGAAGGAGAUUUUUGAGCAACCAGAAUCUGUUGUUAACACCAUGAGGGGCAGAGUCAACUUUGAUGACUACACUGUGAACUUGGGUGGGUUGAAGGAUCACAUCAAGGAGAUCCAGCGGUGCAGACGUUUAAUCCUAAUUGCUUGUGGGACGAGUUAUCAUGCUGGAGUUGCAACUCGGCAAGUGCUGGAAGAACUGACUGAACUGCCUGUUAUGGUUGAACUCGCCAGUGACUUUUUGGACCGAAACACACCGGUCUUCAGAGAUGAUGUUUGCUUUUUCAUCAGCCAGUCAGGCGAGACAGCAGAUACUUUGAUGGGUCUUCGGUAUUGUAAGGAAAGGGGUGCCCUAACGGUGGGAAUCACUAAUACAGUCGGCAGUUCCAUAUCCAGGGAGACGGACUGCGGAGUCCAUAUCAAUGCAGGCCCAGAGAUUGGUGUUGCCAGUACAAAGGCCUACACUAGCCAGUUUGUUUCUUUAGUGAUGUUUGCCCUCAUGAUGUGUGACGACAGGAUUUCUAUGCAAGAAAGGCGCAAAGAAAUAAUGAGAGGUCUGAAAGGACUGCCAGACUUGAUUAAAGAAGUGCUGAGCAUGGAUGAUGAGAUCCAGAAACUGGCAACAGAGCUUUACCACCAGAAGUCUGUUCUGAUCAUGGGUCGUGGUUAUCACUAUGCAACAUGUCUGGAGGGGGCUUUGAAAAUUAAGGAAAUCACCUACAUGCAUUCAGAAGGGAUAUUGGCUGGUGAGCUGAAGCAUGGUCCCUUGGCACUGGUGGACAAAUUGAUGCCAGUUAUCAUGAUUAUCAUGCGGGACCAUACAUAUGCCAAGUGCCAGAAUGCUCUCCAGCAGGUUAUUGCACGGCAGGGAAGGCCCGUGGUCAUUUGUGAUAAGGAAGAUAUAGAGACAAUUAAGAAUAAUAAGAGGACAAUCAAAGUUCCCCAUUCUGUGGAUUGUCUGCAGGGGAUCCUGAGUGUUAUCCCUCUGCAGCUCCUGGCUUUCCAUCUUGCAGUGCUCAGAGGCUAUGAUGUUGAUUUUCCAAGAAAUCUGGCCAAAUCUGUAACGGUAGAAUAAAAGUUCAUCUGAAUGUUAGGGGCAUGGGGAAGGGAACGAGAGACUCUUUUGGUACCAAAAUACUUUGAUUUUUCCGAAUCCCCUAGGUCAAAUCUCAUUUUGUUAAAUUGUUGUUUGUGUAGGAGAUGAUCAUAAUUCUUUUGCAUUUGGUGAUUGUCAAAUAGAUUCCACGUGCUAUGGCCAUAGCUGUGUUCUGUUGAAUUACACCUCACAAAGGGUGUUGAAUUAUUUUCUUUGAUAAAUGCCCUGUCAUGUAGUUGAGGGUCCACCAGUUUACUUUUGAGAUAAAUGAGCUGAGUAUUUGUUAUUCAGUGUGGUUUGCUCAUAUCGUUGAAGAGAUACCGUUACAUGAAGUAAUUGUAGUGCUUUCAGGCCAUGAGGGCAGGUCCUGGUAUAUGAAAUUAGAUUUGGCAUCAUGAUGACUCGCGAGUAGCCAGGGAUUAUAAAAAGCUUGGGUCAGAUUCUGACUCCUUUACACUGGGGAACUCCACAGAAAGGUUGUUCUCUCCUCUGAAAUCUGUUGGUAAACUUGCUCCAAGUAGCCUCAGCAGGACCUUGCCUGUGCUUUAGCACCUGACAGUCCUUUCAGACAGCGGGCCAAAAUCUACUCUUACACCAGCACAUGUGGAGUUGAGGCCGAACCUCAGUGCAAGUGAGAGCAGCAUCUGACCCAGUCCUUGCAUAGUUAGCAAAGCGAAAAGAAACCCUGAGAGCCUGUUGUGCAGCAAUCGCAAAACUAUACAUUCCCCAGGCUGUCAAGGAACUCUUGACCCCUCACCCCCAACGCAAGUAUUGCAACACUAAAACACCCAGCAUUUGGGUACUGGUUUGAUUACAAGCAACCUGGGUUUUGAACACCUGCAAGACCUUUCCUCUGUGAACAGGAUUCUGCUUUGAGCAUCCCUGCUUUCACCCUGCCAGGUGGGUACACAACCAGAGGGAUGACACUAACUGUGCACACAGAACUGUGCACGUGUCAACUGCUACGUUAGGGCAGUCGCAGGUAACACAUGCAUGCCCCUUGGUUUCAUUUGAGCUGCUUACUCUUAAUUUCUCGGUUUCGGGGGGAGAGGGGUGUAGCAGAUAGCUACAGGGGCGUGUGUGGCUUUAUUUCUAAAAUGUUGGUGUUUGAUAGUAGUUUACAUCUGGGGCAGGGAGCCAGAAGACUUCGUGGACAGGACUCCAAAAAAUAUUAUGAGAGGGAUUUCUCUCAUAAUUGAAUUGAAUUAAGAGUUGUAAUUGAAACUAGAGGCAAAUGUUCAGCGCCUUGAUUUUUAGAAAUGCAAGUCAUUCAGGGACAGUAAAUGUCAGCUGAUGGAAAGGGGUGAAAUUCAUACCGUAUUUGGUGUGUUUGAGCUAUAUUGUUAUGCACAAGGCUAACACUUAAAACAAAACAAAACAAAAAACCCCAUAGUACUUCAAGACCUGCAGUCAAGCUUACUGCUGAGCAGUUGAGGUAACUUACUAUUAUGGAGCCAAAGUUUGCAGGGCUAAUUGUCUAACAUGCACUGUUUUGACAUGUAGACUUCUACUUGAUCAGGAAGACUGUCCACUGCUUUUAAGGACUUGGUUUUCUUUCAGCAAACAUGCUGUCAGCUAUUGUAAAAUCCUGGCUUGUACAAUAGACAAGUCCUCCAAACUGUGUCUGCUCCAAUUCUUUCUAAUCAAUGUUAAAUAUCUAAUAUAUGUGACUUAAGUACAAAACCAUUCUGGAUUUAUUUAUGGCGUAAUUUUUCCUGUUAGCAAAAACUCUGGGAAAGCAGGUUUCACAAAACCAGUAUGGAACUGGACUCUGUGUGCUGAGACUUGGUAAUGACUUGUAUUUAAGCCAUUAAUUUCGAAUGCCAAUUAUGUGCUUAGAAGUGCAGUAGUAAAUAUAGUAGUUUAAUGCCUACAAUAUUUGCUUAGGAAAGGCUAAUUAACUGCUGCUUCCAUCUCUGCUUUAUGUGAAAAGUGAAAGACUUGUGUGUCUGGAAGAAUUUAAUGAUAAGGAGACAGUAGUAAAAGUUCUUUGCUGAAAUUUGCACAGCUCAUUGAAAUGUAGGUCUUUCAUUCUUCCAGCUGGAAGAUUUGACUUGUUUCUGCUCUUCUCAGUUCAUGACCUUCUCCCCUCCUCUGAAAAUAAAAAUGUAACCCUGUGAGAGCAGAAGUAAAGGGCCCUGGCCAAGGUAUAGGGAGGGUUUUCCCCAGGGUUGAAGGAACUGGAGGAUCAAAGCCCAUUGCAUUGAUUCUGUUGUGAAUGAGAUCUUUGAGGUGAGGGGGCUUCCGGCAUAGUUUUAUGUCCAUUGUUUCUGAUUUUUGAGAUCUCUGCCAUCAACUUAAUAGAAGCCGACAUGGCUUGCUUUACAGUUUGGAUGCUUUAUUGUCUGAUGCUGUCAGGUAGGCUAGUGAAUGAGAUUGGAAUUCUAGGCAAAUAAACUGUCUGGAAAGAUCAAGUACUUAAAAUCCAACUUUGAACAAGUUAGCUACCAGUACAGAAUGUGUGCAAAGGACCAAAGAGCCAAGAGAGUAUGGUAGAGGUGUAGGUGUGACACUUGGCACCUGCUGUUAAAAUGAAUGAGCUGCUCUGUGUUGCUAUUAAAGGUAUUGCCCUGUAAGCUUAGGACAUAGAACUAGCAUUUGUUGGAAAUGAAUAAUGCCCAAAUCAGCGGUAGCAGCUUAAGGCAGCGAGCUAUGCUAAGCAUCCGAAAGUCAGCUUGCCAAAACUAGUCAUGAUUUAAGCUACUUGCAAAUAAGAAAUAGCUUGUUAAAUGUUGUAAUGCAUUAUAAAGGUGGGAUGCUUCACAUCCAAGACUGCUUUGGAAUAUAGGUGCACUUAAAAGAUUUCCUGCCAUGCCUAAGCAUCUUGGUACUGCUGUUAAUUGCCAUCCCUGGGUCCAGAAGUUACCUUUCUGUACAGUGUUUUUUUUUUUUGUCUAGGUGUGUUGCUUUUUGAUGAAUGAAUGUUACUUUUUACUCUGGACUAUUUUUGUUUUCAUGAGAUUCCACAAAAACAAUUGAGUGUCUUGUGAUAUUUAUUAAUGGCUUGUAGGUCUCCCCUUGUGCCACAAAUGUUUAGCUGACUGAGCCACUGAAUUCAUUCCUUCUGAACUGACUGAAAAAGGCAGUUGCUUCAUCUCUGCAGUAGAGCCCCACCUGAACAAGAUAACAAUGCAGGCUAUUACUGGGUGCUUAGCAGUCAUCCUCUGUGCUCUCUUGUAUAGUAGCCAUUUUGCUAAUAAGAUAAUUUAUGUUCUGUUUUCUUUUAGUAUCUCACCUCUUAUUUGUGGGGACAGGCAUCUGUAAUCAAGACAUCCCUCCUGCCUGCUUCCACAUGCAGGAGAGGAGAAAAAGUUCUUUCAUCAGUCAUGUAAAAAACAAACGCAUACACCCAAGUAAUAAAAAGCCUUAUUGAAAAAUAGGCCCAGGUACAUUCCUGGCUUCCCACUUCUUGUGCAAGUCUUCAGGUAUUAGUGUGUGCGACAGCCCCAUACUGGAUGCGGCAUAAGGCCUGGCAGACUUGCACUUUACUGCUUUGUCAACUCUGCAGAUUGUACCAGUGAAAGCCGCACAUUUGAAGUUGGAGAAAAUCAGAGCUAAAUUCCUGUACUACCCUGGCAAUCACUAGUCAUGUGGAGCUAAUGCAGUCUAGUCACUUGUUGGAUGACUCAAGGCUGACCUUAAUAGAUUGUUAGGAUGGUUUUCUAGGCUGCAGGUAGCAAAGGCAUGUCCUGUCUAUUUAACCUUUUCCCUCCUCUAAGAGCUGUCUGCUACUGACCAGAUCAGACAUGGGACACAAGAGAUGAAAGAGACUGUCAAUGCAAUAAAGCCCCAGAAGCAGGUGUGAACACUUUGCUGUGGCUUGGUUGAAAUAGCCACAGUUGCUGGAAGUUAGCACCUGUUGCAGGAACAAAGGAAUUGAGAAAGGAUGAUUGUUACCAUUGCUUCCCUUGUACAUAGCUAGUCUGCUUGGUUUAUGGGAACCAUGCCAUACCUUGUUUCCUGUAUUUGGUUUUGUCUCUUGCUCCUUUUUUAUCUCGCCAUUUGAAUUAAAUGAAGUGCCCAACAUUCAA